UGUUUUUACUUUUACUUUUGUUUCAGUGAAAACAUUUUGUUUAUUGCAAACUGAAGCCAGACCCUUCUACCUUGCAUAAGUCACUCUCUGUUGUUUUUCUUCUCAGAACAUACCCUGUUAAUAAACAGUUUACUAAGAGAAAAAGCACCAAAAUGGCAGAAUCUUUAUCUGAUGUUCAAAAUCCUUUUGACUGUUCGAUCUGCCUGGAGGUGUUUAAGGAUCCAGUCACUACACCUUGUGGGCACAGUUUCUGUAUGAACUGUAUUAAGGAUUUCUGGGAUAAGGAAUCUCUUAAACCAGUUUUCAGCUGCCCAACAUGCAGAAACAAAUUCAAUCCAAGGCCAAAUCUUGGCAGAAGUGUUGUUCUUGCUGGCAUUUUGGAAAAAAGGAAGCAGGACGUCCCAGCUGGACAUGGAGAUGUGCAGUGCGAUGUUUGUAAAGGAAGAAAACUCAAAGCCGUCAGGUCUUGUCUGGUGUGUUUGGCGUCAUUCUGUCAAACUCACCUUCAGCCUCAUUGUGACUCUGAAGCUUUGAAAAAGCACAAGCUGGUGAACGCUUCAGCAAAUCUACAGCAGCAGAUCUGCCCUCAACAUCACAAAGCUCUGGAGAUUUACUGCUACGAGGACAAGAGGUGUAUUUGUGUGCUUUGUUUGGGUCAACACAGAGGACAUAAGACUGUAUCAGCCGCAAAUGAAAUGCCAGAAAAAAAGGAGGAACUGAAAAUAAAAAAGAAGGAAUUAGUUCAGCAAAUCAAUGACACAAACGAGAAUCUUCGGGCAUUUAGGAAGGCUGCAGAUUUGCAUAAGAGCUCUGCACAGGCAGCAGUGGAGCACAGCGACAGGAUCUUCACUGAACUCAUUAGAUCCCUUACCAAAAAACGAACUGAAGUGAGAGGAGAGAUCAGAGCUCAGGAGAAAAGGGAGACUCAACAGAUUAUCGGUUACAUACAAAAACGGGAACAGGAGAUCAGCAAUCUUCAGAAGCGGAAUGAUAAACUGGGGCAGAUUUUGUGUACAGAAGAUUACAUUCAUUUCUUCCAGAAUUACUCCUCUCACUCUACCAAAAUACCAUAUACUUUACCAAAGAAAGUUCAUGAUGAUCUCGUAACAUUCAGGGAAGUAGAUCAAUCUGUCUCUGAGCUGAAAAGAAAACUGGAUGAAGUCUGUGAGGAGCACAUGGGCAAAAUAUCAAAGAAAGUUGCAGAUGUCCACAUUAUCCAAUCGGCCACUAUCUUGCAGUUCACUGUAUCCGAAGAUUCUACUGAAGAUGACUCUGAAUCUUCUCAAGAUGAGUAGAAAUGAAUUCUGUAAAUUGAAUGGAUUUUCCUAGCAUCACAUGCAAAAGUCUGAAUUUUCAACGCUGUAUGCUGUAUCUGAAGAACAUCAGUGUCUCGCACUAGGUGGUGCUAUAACCAAAACGUUGUCAUAACUGCAACCAUUUGAAGUUUCCUAUUAAUGGCCAACAUUUGUCAAAAAUCAUCGGGGGAAAUUGUUUAUAAUAAUAAUAAUAAUAAU